CCAAUUGACAAGUUUUACACUUAUAUUAUUGUCUUAUAUAUGUUGGCUUCUUAAUAAGGCAUUAAAGUAUUAAUUAAGGCAUCAAAACAAAUCAUACUGACUCAAGCUGAUAUCAAGAUAAGAUUACUAAUAAAGCUUUCAUAACUGUAGAUACUACCAUGUCAUAAUAGACCCUUUAAUGAACAUUGAUGUAUUUAAUAGUAAAUUCAAACAAAAAUGACACAAAUGGUCUCAACAUUCAGUAAACAUUUAUCUCUUGUUUCAUUCUUAGUUCAAUAUUUUACAGUUUGGUUUGUUUAAAUUUAUAAAGCAAUGAAUCAAACUAGUGAAUCAGUGGAAAAUACUAAUCCCACAGAAAUAUUAAAGAAAAAGAAGACUAGAAAACAAUCAAAAGUGAACAAUGGUGAUAUAGGUCCAAUUUUGGAUACUUUAGGAGAUGAUGUAACAACAGUUUCAGAAACAGAAAAUGUCGAUACUAGAAGAAAUAGUCUAGCAACUGGGGCAAGAAAGAUUCCAGUAAUGGAUAAUCAUGAUGAUGGUGAAUAUAAUUUAACUAAAAGCAAUUUUGCACCAAAUAUCUACCUUGAAAGUCGAAAUGGUUUCCGGGCAAAAACAAUAAAAGACUAUGAAAAAAGUAUAAAUAAUAAACGAUUUGAAGAAUCUAUUAUCAGAUCAAAAUCAAUUGAUAAACAACAAUUAAUCCAUUUACACAAUAAUCCAGGAUUGUAUUUUGUUGUUAAAAUUCAUGAAAUAUUACAAAUCUUAUCAUUUACACUAUUUGGUAUAUUGGCUGGAGCAAGUUUAGGCCAUACAUUAUUUGUACAGUCGUUGAUAAAUCCAAGAAAACCUGAAGAUAACGAUACUCAAUAUUAUUUACUAGUAAAAUAUUAUGGAAUUUAUGCUCAGCCGAUUUCAAUUACAUUUUAUACAGUAUUAACAAUAAUAGGAGUUUUUGUAUUUGGAAAAUUCGAUUUAGGAAGACCAACAGUAAAUUGUGUACGACGAUGUAUUAAGUUACAGAAUGGACUUAUAGCUAUCAUCUUCUACAUAUUUUGUUUUGCCAUCAAUAAUUCCAUGAAUUGGUUUGAUUAUAUUCUUUAUACUACUAGUAAUAAAGAAGACAAUGAAAUUAUAUACUUGCUGAAUACACAAAGUGAUGUGAAUAAUUCACUAAAGAUAUGGUUAAUACUUGACGCCAGUCGUACAGCCUUUAUAUUAAUCACAUGGAUAUCUAUUGCAACAGGUAGUUCAGUUUAUGAUAGAUUAACAAAGACAUUGAGUAUUAAUCCAAUGGCUGAGGGAAGAAAUGAAGCAGAUACGCAAAAUCAACCAUGAAUUACAUGGUCAGUUGGAAAACAAGAAGAAAAACCAAAGUGUACAACUGAGUGACUGUUAUUGAAGGAUUUGUAAUUUGCAAAUAUACCCAAUUGAAUCCAUUUAAUAAACGUUCAUUGUUAAAAAUAAGUCAGUUUUAAAAAUUCCUGUGAUGUAAAUUAGAACAAGAUAUAUAUAACUGAAUAAGAUUGUUUUCAAUUAGAUCCUCUUCAGGCUUCACUUACUCUAAUAUAAAUAGCUUCAUGGUUGGGAAAGGGACAGAUAAAAUCUAUUAGAAGUUCUGUUGUUUCUUAUUUCGUUGAUUGUAGUCAGUAGGUGAGUAAGAACAAUGCUUUCACGAUUAUACACUGCAUGCCAUCUCAUCUUUCGAAAGGUAUUCAAACUCAUCUUUUACACAUAGCAGAAGUUGUGGGAAUUCGAGCUAAUAAUCCUAGUGUUUGGUAUCCAGAAGAAGUUUGUACAUCCAUUAUCUCUCCCUUGGACAGGGAAUACCUAGUUAGUAACUUUAUCAUUCAGUUAUUUUCUUUUCUUAUUCUUCACCCCUUUCGUAUACCUACUGUAUUUGUCUGGGCUUCGUUUAUCCACUUACCUCGCCCUUUAAUAUUACGUAACUUUUGUUUUCACAAGCUUUUGACCCAUUUUGAUUAUUGGAGUGUCUACAUUUUCAUGCUGCUUUCAUGGUUCUUAUUAUCAUUAUUUGUAUUAUCUCCAUCGUUAUUUUAAAUGUUUAUCAGAUCGAC